UGAUAAACACUACCGUCAUUUAUAACACAUUUCAGCAAUCAUGUAUACGACAAUUACUUUCUUUCUUAUCGCUCUGGUAUUUACAGUUCAUGGUCUUCCGACGCAAAUCAUCGGCGGGAAUGAUGCUCCUAUCGGCAAAUAUCCACAUCACGUUGCUUUAAUAUAUCGGGGCAAUUUUCGUUGCGGAGGAUCGAUUAUUAAUAAACGUUACAUCCUCACUGCAGCUCAUUGUGUAAAUGUGGUCGACGAUGCCAGAGACCUCGAAGUUCACGCGGGGACGAUCUAUUUAAACAAGAAGGGUGAUGUUUAUCAAGCAGAAAGCGUGGUGUGGCACCCUGGUUUCGACAUGGUCAAUCUUAAUUACGAUGUCGGUCUCAUUCGGUUAACCAAGGACAUUGUGUAUACUGACGUAGUAAAACCUAUUCCUAUUGCAGAGGAAGAUAUCGCUGUCACAGAUCUUCCUUGCAUUGUAUCUGGUUGGGGCGUAACUUCAAUUAGUGGACCAACACCCAACACCUUACAAGAAAUCGCCUUAAAGGUUUAUUCCAACGAAAAAUGCAAACUUUCGUCUACGAAAGUAACCGAUGAUCAUAUUUGCACUCUCACAAAAGCCGGCGAGGGAAUAUGCUUUGGUGAUUCAGGUAGCGCUCUCCUUGCCAAAGGUGUUCAAAUUGGAAUUGCAUCUUUCGUGACUCCAUGUGCUCUAGGAUAUCCCGAUAAGUUUGUUAAGGUGUCCGCGUAUCAAGACUGGAUUAAGGAACAUAUGGUUGACAUCAAUCCUCAUACUUUCAAUAUGUACGCGUUCUCUGCGUUGAUAAUCGCCUGCUUAGCGGUAGCUGCUCGGGGAGCACCAUCUCCUCACAUCGUCGGUGGUAAGGAUGCUCCUGUCGGCAAGUAUCCGUAUCAAGUGUCAUUAAGAUUAUCCGGCUCACAUAGAUGCGGUGCAUCUAUCCUUGAUAAUUAUAAUGUGUUAACCGCAGCACAUUGUGUCGAUGGAUUGAGUAAUCUGAACAGACUAAAGGUUCAUGUCGGCACAAACUAUUUGAGUGAAUCGGGAGACGUUUAUGAUGUAGAAGAUGCUGUCGUCAACAAAAACUACGAUGACUUUUUACUUAGAAAUGACGUCGCCUUAGUCCAUCUUACAAAUCCUAUUAAAUUCAACGAUCUAGUGCAACCGAUAAAACUUUCGACAAAUGAUGAAGAUCUCGAAAGCAAUCCAUGCACUUUAACCGGAUGGGGAAGUACAAGGCUUGGUGGAAAUACUCCAAAUGCACUGCAAGAAAUCGAGUUGAUAGUUCAUCCGCAGAAACAGUGUGAGAGAGACCAAUGGAGAGUGAUAGAUAGUCAUAUCUGCACUUUGACUAAACGUGGAGAAGGAGCGUGCCAUGGAGAUUCUGGUGGACCUUUGGUCGCUAAUGGAGCUCAAAUUGGAAUCGUUUCUUUCGGAAGUCCUUGUGCGCUUGGAGAACCAGACGUUUAUACUAGAGUAAGCAGUUUCGUAUCUUGGAUCAACGCAAAUUUGAAGAAAUAGCAAAAAUAUUCAAUUUGUUUUUCAAAAUAAAUCAAAUAAAUAGUCAACACAAAACGAUAAA